AAUGGCUGCAAAAAUCACAUAAACGGACAGAAAAACAUAUAAUUGCCUCUCUUUCCACCAUCUCCAUUGACUUAAUCCGAAAUCUGUCUCUCCACUUUCCGCAAAUUCCCAAGAUUUCUUGCGGCUAAAUCGUUUUCGUCGAAGUAAUUUUCGUUUUGAUUCUUCCUUUCUGGGAUCGGAAGACGCAUAAUUGGGCAAAAUUAUUGUUGGAAUCGGAAAUUGACUUUGGGGAAGAAGGAGAUGUGGGGUUUCGGAGGAAGGUAUUACUGGGGAAGAAAGGAGAGAGCUGGGAAAGUUGAAGGGAUUGUGGUGGUUUUCGCAUGGAUGUCGAGCCACGAACGGCAGUUGAAGAGCUAUGUUCAGCUCUACUCCUCUCUCGGAUGGAAUUCCCUCGUCUGCCACUCUCAAUUUCUCAAUAUGUUCUUUCCCGAGAAGGCAACAGCACUGGCAGCUGAUCUUUUAAAUGAGCUCGUUGAGGAGCUCAAAAUUAAGCCGUGCCCAGUAGUCUUUGCAUCGUUUUCUGGGGGUCCAAAAGCAUGUAUGUUCAAGGUUCUUCAGAUAAUCGAGGGGCAUGGUGAAGCACAACUCAAUCUGGAUGAUUGCCGAUUGGUUAAAGACUGUAUCUGUGGCCACAUAUAUGAUUCAAGUCCAGUGGAUUUUACCAGUGAUCUGGGGACUAAAUUUAUUCUUCACCCAUCUGUCAUGAAAAUGUCCCAACCACCAAGAGUAGUAUCUUGGUUAGCUCAUGGAAUAUCAUCUAGUCUUGAUGCCCUUUUCCUUAACAGAUUUGAACAACAGCGUGCUGAGUAUUGGCAGACUCUUUACUCCUCUGUUGGCAUGAAGGCCCCAUAUCUUAUUUUAUGUUCAGAAAAUGAUGAUCUUGCUCCGUACCAAGUCAUCUGCAAUUUUGUUCAACGACUACAAGAACUCGGGGCCGAUGUUAAAUUGGUAAAAUGGAAUGGCUCUCCUCACGUAGGCCACUACAGGCAUUACCGGAUUGACUACGAGGCUGCAGUGACAGAGCUCCUUGGUAAAGCAUCAGGAAUUUAUUCUCAAAGAUCACAGAAACUUGAAGGAAAUAGACCCAGUGAUCUAGAGACGACACAUGACGAGAUAAUCGAGCCAAUUCAUGCACUAAGAAAAGCUGCAGCGAGCUCAGACGGCUUCCGAGGGAUUACUCUAGCACCCAGCGACGAGUUCUUACCCAGCUCAAUGCAGUAUUAUGAAGGCAGAGAUGUCGGGUUCGUACAAGGCCAGCAAAGAGAAGGUCUAAUCCACCUCCCGAACCCACCGAGCAUUAGCGCUCACGGCAUUCUUGGCCAGAUCCUGUUUGAUGUCUGCGUACCCAAGAACGUUGAAGAUUGGGAUAUCAAGGCAUCUGAUUCUUUAAGUAGGCGCCCAUAUACUUCUACAAGAAGGCACACCCAUUUUAAUCCCAUCAAAUGCAUACGCCGCUCCAGAUUAUAAGCUUAACAACUAAUAACCCUAAAAGAAGACGCUGAAACCUUGUUUUCUCUGCAAUAAGGCUGAUACUGAUGAAUGGUUGGAUUGUGUUGAUGACUUCCAUGUCUGAGAUGAAAUGUACAGUGACUUCACUGAAAGGAGUUUGAGUUCUUUUUUGUUGCCGAUCGUUGUUGUAUUGACUGUUGAGAAUAAAGAGGAUAUUGUAAAUUUGGGAAAAAAAAAAAAAAAAAACUCAUCUCCCGGGCUUAUAUUAAUUCG